CAUAUAUAUAUAAGAGCCGGGACGGUUCGUUAUGCGCGCGGUUGCAUUUCAUUUGAGUUUGAAAAUCCCCAUCGAUCGCAUAGAGCCUUCCAUCCCUCCAAAAUCUCUGUGGUUUGAUUCCGAAAUAAGAGCAUGUCGGUGAAUCUGACGCCGAAUGCGAUCCCGGCGAUAGUGUCCGGCGAUAUGAACUCGAAGCCUCUGGUGCAGGUUCUUGAUAUCAAGUUGAUUCCGAAUAGCAAGCAGCAAGAGAGGUACCGGAUUUUGCUCUCCGACGCCGUUUCCUCUCAGCACGCCAUGCUCGCAACUCAGCUCAACGACCGAGUCCAAACCGGACGAGUCAAGAAAGGUUCCGUCGUUCAACUCAUCGACUACAUUUGCAGUCCUAUUCAGAAUCGCAAGAUUGUUGUGGUGCUCAACAUGGAAACUAUAAUACCGGAUUGCGAGAUCAUUGGAAAUCCAAAGACGUUUGUGGAAUCUGAUUUACCAACUCAGGGAGCAUUACCUAAUAACAAUUUGGAGAACUCAUUCAAGAGUAAUAAUGUUCAUCUUCCAGCUCAAAAUACAAAUUGUAAUAUGCAGAAUUUCCGGCCAACUGUUAAACCUUCAUACCAACUGCCGCCACUGCCAGUUUACAAAAGCCAUGGUGCGAUUGUGAAAAAUGAGGCCCCAGCACAUAUUAUUCCAAUAGCUGCUUUAAAUCCUUAUCAAGGUCGAUGGGCCAUCAAGGCAAGGGUAACUGCAAAAGGAGGUCUGCGCCGCUAUAAUAAUGCUCGGGGAGAUGGGAAGGUUUUCUCAUUUGAUCUCCUUGAUUCUGAUGGAGGUGAAAUACGGGUAACCUGUUUUAAUGCAGUUGUGGAUCGCUUCUAUGAUGCAAUUGAGAUAGGUAGAGUUUACUUGAUAUCCAAAGGCAGCUUGAAACCUGCGCAGAAAAACUUCAACCAUUUGAAGAAUGAAUGGGAAAUUCUUUUGGAUUUGGCAUCUACUGUUGAACUUUGUCCAGAUGAAGAUGGUUCUAUACCAAGACAGCAAUUCUCCUUUAGGCAUAUCAGUGAUAUUGCGAAUGUUGACAAUAACUCUAUACUUGAUGUUAUUGGCGUUGUGACAUUUGUCAAUCCAUCAGUUCCCAUUUUGAGGAAAAAUGGGAUGGAAACCCGUAGAAGAAAUUUAAAUAUAAAGGACUGCUCUGGCAGGAGUGUUGAGCUAACUCUUUGGGGUGAAUUUUGCAACAGGGAAGGCCAAAAGUUGCAAGAGAUGGUCAAUGCUGGGUUUUUCCCCAUUCUGGCAAUCAAAGCUGGGAAGGUCAAUGACUUCACUGGGAAAUCUAUUGGGACUAUUUCUUCUACACAGCUUUUCAUAAAUCCAGAUUUCUCUGAGGCACGUAGCUUAAGGGACUGGUUUGAUCGAGGGGGAAAAGAUUCUGCUUCUGUGUCCAUUUCUAAGGACAUUAUACCUGGAGUACCCAAGAACGAUGUACGUAAAACUGUGUCUCAGAUCAAGAAUGAAGGUCUGGGGCGGUCAGAUAAGCCAGAUUGGAUAACGGUGAGGGCAAGAAUUUCUUUCAUCAAGACAGAUACGUUUUGUUACCCAGCUUGCCCUCUUUUGAUUGGAGAUCGGCAGUGCAACAAGAAAGUGACUAGGUCAGACAACACAAGAUGGCAAUGUGAUAGAUGUAACCAAGAAUUUGAGGAGUGUGACUACCGAUAUCUCCUUCAAGCUCAAAUUCUGGAUCCUACAGGAAUAGCUUGGGUAACUGCUUUUCAGGAAUCAGGGGAAGAUAUUUUGGGUUACUCGGCUAAGGAGCUGUACAUGUUGAAGUACGAGCAGCAGGAUGAUGAGAAGUUUGGAGGAAUAAUCAAGAGUAGACUCUUCAACCAAUUUGUCUUGAGGCUAAAAAUUAAAGAGGAAUUGUAUGGUGAUGAACAGAGGGUGAAGAUUACAGUAGUGAAGGCAGAUAAGGCGGAUUAUGCUUCUGAGAGUAGACACAUGCUUGAUUUGAUUUCGAAUUUGUGGAGGCACUAGGAAGUAUCUGUAAAUCAGUUUCAGCAUCUUCAUUCGACGAAUCAUACCUUUUACUAUUAGCGUUCAGUUUAACAUAGAAUCCGUAAUUACUAAUUGUGAGUUACCGUGGUACCUGGAUGCGCUUGCAAAACUUGGAUUUAGUAAUUAAUUCAAGUUCUAAACUUUCUGUUCCAUACAUUGAUCGGUAUUCAUUCAUAUUUCAUAGUU